AUAAAAAAUAAAUAAAUAAUUAGCGUUACGGUUGCUGCUAUGUGUUCCCCCCGGCUCCUGAAUCCUGAUCCUGAGGCGAAGAAAUCAAAUAUUUCAAACUAUUUCUCUCAGAAACUUCAAAUUCAAAUCCAAGUCCCAAUCUUUUCAACUGGGUUUUCUCCUUUUUCUUCUCUAAUCCCAUUUUCCUUCAUCAAAUUUAUACUAGUAAGUAGUACUCCUUUCAACUGUGUGGUCGUUUCUUGAAGUUUUGCUGUAUAUUUGGACAAACAAAAGUUGAUGUCUUUGUCUGAUAAAGAGAUCGCCAAUGUUGGUGGCAGUGGUGGUGGUGCUGCUGAUGAUGAUGAUGACAACAACAGAGUUGGUGGUGGGGUCCACGCCAGUGAUGUUGUUGACGAUGAUGACAAUGGAAAGAAGCAAAGAGGGUAUGGAUAUGGAUGUGGUAUUGGGUGUACGAUAAGUUUUGCUAAAGCAAGGCAAGCGGUCCUUAAUCCGUUUACAAAAGCCAAGAAACAAUUCCUCAGAAGAAAGAACAAAAGGACUUCUUCUUCAUCUUCUGGGUCUACUGGUGCCAGGAUUUCAGGUAAGAGGUUUGGUUGUCUUAAUAAUGGUGGUAAAGGUUGUUGCUUUUGUUUAAGGCAACCUCAGACUUUGGAAUCAAAUUCUGGGUCUCGUACAAGUGACCCAAAUGACCCAAAUUUCACCUAUGACAUGCUGAAAGCUUUCAUAGAGAAUAAUGAUUUCUAUUCCAAAGAAUGCAAUCCCCACUUUGAUUUUGAUCUCUUCUCACAUGCUACUGAGUGAAGGACUUGUGUGAAAUUGAUUCCUCCGUUAUCAUUAUGUUCCUGUUGUUUGGUAGUGAUUGCUGAGAAUGUUAUCAAUAGUUGAAGGGGUUACAGAACAUACAGAUUAAGGACAAGGAUGGCUGGGUUAUAAUGCAAUUCUAGGCAUUUUCAUAUGAAAUUAUGAAUUGCCUAUGGAAGAGUUUGGGGCACUUUCUCAUGUUCUGUGUGAGAAUGAGGAAGUAUGACAGUAUGUCCUAGAUGUUUCAGUCAUUUUCCAUGUUAGCUUCCAAAAGUAUGCAACUAUAAGCUGGGGAUGCAUUUGCACGAAUUGUGAGAACCGGGAUUAUAUCCAUCCAAUUGUCAUUUUGGCUUAGAAAUUUGGAUGCAAUUUUUGUUAUCCUACGAGUCAUUAGUCAACUCAUAUCAUCCCUUAUUGCUCCUUCAAGAAAUUUAAUUCUUUAUUGAACAUGUUAGUAAGUUGUUACAUUCAGUGCAAAGUAAAGGUGUAAGUAGAUGCUGUAUAGUAAGAAUCAAUAUGUUUUUUUUUUGAGGAAGAGUACAUUGAUCCAUUGCCGGAGUGGAACAGGUUGUUGAAACCAUUGAAUUCUUAUAAUUUGUAUAUCAUUCUUUUUGAUGGGGAUGUGGAGAUGGAUUGCAAAUUAAUGAGACCAAAUUCAGAUCAGUUAAUAUUUGAGAGAGUUGGUCUGGUAACACACACUUCUUUAUAGUUUUACUUACAUUGGUGUCUCUGCUGUGGCUUUUGGCUUUAGCAGAAUUUCCUAUAUCUAUUCAUUAUUUGUUCAAGAAUGCCACUAUUAUUAACAUAGGCUUCUGGCAUACAUUUUAAAAUCCAACAUGCGUGUGUUUUAUCUUUUCUUCCCUGAUUUUUCUGUCAUUGUAUCUUGGUUUAUAAUUGGGGGAAAAAAUUUUCUUCAGAAAUAUUCUAUAGCAUUUUGGGUCAGAUAGCAUAAUUCUGAUUAUGCCUUCUUCUUCUUUUUAUUUUUAUUUUUUAUUUUUUAUAUUUCCUGCUAGAAGAGUUCUGAUUAUACACUGCGUUUGAAUGUCUAGUCCAUGGAUAAUAGGCUGCCAGUUUGGUGUCGACAUUCUAUGUCAGACUACAUGUUGAGGAAAUUGGGGAAUGGUAAUCAAUAAUGAUUACAAUGUCUUAACUCUUAGGCUUUGCUUCUAGGGGAUCUUUUCUAAACUUCCAAUAGAGUCUUUGUAAUCAGUAUUGUUUAAAGAGUCUUGGUAGUUUACUGGAUUUUUCAUUCUUCUGAUAUGCUUGCAUCUAUUAGCACCCCAGUGGUAUUCAGCUGCACAAUUUACUAAUAUUUUACCAAGCAGCUGAGUUAUUUGGUAUUGUUUUAAUAUAAUUUUUUGGUGAAGAAACCAUAUUUCCACCUGUUGCCUAUACUUGAUCAUCAGUUUGAUAUUGGAAACCAAGAAAUGUAUAUAUUCUUUUUGCUUCCUGAAGUUUUAUUCCUAGCAUAUGGCAAUGAAAUUUUAAUGCCAAGUAAAAAAAAGAAACAUAAAAGUUUCUAUAGGAUGAAUAAUGUUCAAGAAUAGUGGAAUAGUAGCUUUGAGUUUCUCAACCCAUUGACUUUAGGAUUCCUUAGUGCUAUUUUUCGAUUUUUUUGUGGUUGGGAGAAGGGGAUAAGCGAUAUAACUCAGAGGUAGAGUAUCACCUUGUCAUGCAAGUCUGAUUAUCCCUAAACCCAAAUUAAGUUAAGUGGUAAGAAUUGAACUUGGAUCUUCCUAUAGGCUGGUAAACUUAAUUUAUAGUAAGCAACAACAAGAUUCAUUCAGAAAUUCUUCUAUAAUCUAGUUUAAAGCAUGAUAUGAUUUGCAUUUCUCAAAUUUCUAGAAGAGCCUUAUGAGAAAUGAAUAUCUUUGUAGUCUGGCCUUUAAGAAUCAUAGUUUCUUUCCCCUGACCUUGUCUAGCUAGUUUCUUGGAAUGCUUGCAUAUUCUGAUAACUAGUUUUUGUCAAAAACUCUAUGGUUUCAUCUUGCAACUUAAUAGUUAAGUAAUCAGUUGACCCAUUUUACUAAUUAGACUACCAUGAUUAUUUAAUGAAGAUACCAUUCUUCUCCCUUCUCUUUAUACUUUUAUAAACCUUUGAACAUCAGUAUGAUGUUGGAAUCAAUUAAAGCACCUACCUUCUUCCCUGUCCUGAUAGCUACCUUCCUAGUUUGGGGGACCAUCUUAAAAUUUAUAUAAGGACAACAUUUCCUUUCAUAGCACUUUUUGAGCACAAGAUUGACUGGAUUGCUACAAAUCUACAAAAGCUCCAUAAGAAUUGAAGAUUCUUGAAUUUGCAAUUUAAGCUAUCUUUGGUUAGAAACACAAACUGGUUUAAUUCACUGUGACUGAUGUUUAAGAUAAGUUGGGGGCUUAUAAAAUAACUGACCAUGGCUUGUGGUUAACGAAAUUUAUUUUAAGCCAAUUACAUGUACAGAUCAUUAGCUGUCUAGCUGAUAAAGAGAAAAAACCACAUCAUUCCUGAACUUAAAUAGAUUUUUUUUACCAGUAGAAUUUGUGGAAGAUAGGAUUUUUAUCAAUGGGGAUGUGGAGGUGAGUUAAAAUUUUGGGAAAACAUUAUGUAACUUAUCAUUUGGCCCCAAAUUUUGGAAGCUAGUUGGGAAAAGGUUCACAUGGUAAAUAAUGAAGUUGUUUCUUCAGCAGAAGUAGCUUAUGACUACCUAAGAAAAAAAAAAUUAAAAAGCUUAGAGCAUUCGUAUCUGCAACUUCCAUCCUAUUCUAUUUUACUAUCUCAAAAAGUUACUUUAUCAAUUAUACCAUACCAUUUUACAACACAACCAACAUCUCAACUUUUAUUUUCCUAUUCUACUUAUUCUACUUAUGGCAUUGUAGCACAAUUGCAAAAAAGUUUACAAUUGUAAGAUUUUACAAGUCUGAUUGUUGGGCUCUUUUUGUGCGUUUAUGCUAAAUUUUCCCUACAUAUACCAUUUACAAUUGCCAAUGGAAAUGCUCUAUUAUGACUGAUAAAUGGUUUAAAGGAUCCCAAACUUUUUAAGUCGUGUACAUAUACUGUUGUGUUGUAUCUUUGUCUUCUGUUCACAUAAGGAAACUUUGAAGCAUAAUUCACGUACAAGUUCACAUGUUACAGAUUCUAGAUGAUAUAUGGACGAUUUUUGGACAUCUCCUAUUUGAAAAAGUGUUUUUAUAUUCUCUUUUCUUUUUGCUUUGCCAUAGAUAGAUUUAUUCGCUUGGAAAUGCUUGCUAGAAGCUUUAUCUUAAAAGUCUUCUACCACAAAUGAAUGGACCACUGUAACCUGGGACACCCUUGAGCAAAAGAAAAUAUUAGAGAGUUAAGUACAUAUUUGAUUUUUUUAUGCAAGCAGCGGUGAUUGGAGCACAAAGAACUUCUGCUCGGAAUAUUUUAAAGCACAUGAAAAGAUAUAUUUAAUCUCAACAGUACUAUCUAAGCAAGAAGUAAGAGCUACAUAUUAAUUAUGUAGCAUGUACUUCAGCAAAAAAAAAAAAAAAAAAA